GGUAUGACCUUGCAAGAGUCACCAAAACUGCUGAUAGGCCCCAGUUAGCAUCCCAUUUUACAGAUGGUGGUCCAUGCCGGUGAGCAGUGAGGCCCGAGGACCCACAGUGCACAAGCCCACAGGGGAGAUGGUCCGGCCAGUGUGGGGGCUAAUGAAUAAAUGCUACACUGUGCCCACUCAGGUCACAACCCCCAGGAGACCUGGAGAACUGAAUGCUGCUGCCCCCAAGGAGGAGGCUGCUGUCUUAUCCCAGGAGGGAGAGCAGGUGAAGUCCCCAGGGGAGGAAGCACCUAGCCCCAUUCCUGCUGAGCAGGAGGUGGCAGGUACCCCAGACUGGGAGGAAAAUAAAAAGGUUCAAAAGGAAGUUGCUGCGUAUCCAUCUGAGGCCUCUGAGGACAGCAAAGAGCAAAGGCCCUGGGAGCGGGUCUCCGUACCCAUGACAGAGCUCUGGCUGGACUGGUUCUCAGCCUCUAACACCCCCAACACUCAGAACCGUGAAGAAAAACUUUCCAAUAAAUCCAAGAGUUGCUGCUGCCAUAGGCCAGGCUGCCGCCUUUCGGGACCUCCGUCUUCAGAGAAACCCAGCCUGGCUUCAUCCACACUCCCUGUCCCCACAGCUGCAGGAACAGCACUUCCUGCCACCGAGCCGUGUGACCACAGUGGAUUGUCUCCGGAGGGGCCCAAGGGGGCCCUGGCCACCCUUCUGACUCGGUGCCAGGGGACAGACCAACGUCCCUCUCGUGCUGACAGCCGGGCCGCACCCUGGCGUGAGGGCAUUUACAGAAAUGCUGGCGGAACUGCUGCCAGGGAGGCUGUAGGGUCCUCUGGCAAAAGAGGCCUCAGGUGGCUCCUCAGAGCGUCUGUGGUUCUCUAUCCCAGGCUGUUCCCUAAGAAGGUCUGCCCAGGACUCAGCACCUCCUCGGCCUCGGUGUCUGCUCUGACCACACUUGAGGAGCCCUUCAGCCCGCCGCUGCACUGUGGGAGCCCCUCUCUGGGCUGUUGGAGGCUGGAGCCAGCUCCCUCUGCUUGAGGGGCGGUAUGGAGGGAGAGGCGCGUGCGGGAACCUGGGUUGUUCGAGGGCCAGCACCAGUUCUGGGUGGGCAGGGGCUCAGCGGGCCCUGCACUCGGAGCGGCCGGCCAACGCCUCUGGCCCCAGGCAGUGAGGGGCUUAGCACCUGGGCCAGCAGCAGUGGAGGGGGCGCUGGGUCCCCCAGCACUGCUGGCCCGCCCGCGCGCACCACACUUGAAUUCUCGCCAGGCCUCCAUCGCCUCCCCACUGGGCAGGGCUCAGGACCUGCAGCCCGCCAUGCCCGAGCCUCCCCAUGAUGGGCUCCCCCACAGGUGCCUCCCACUGCUCCGCGGCGCCUGGUCCCAUCCACUGCCCAAGGGCUGAGGAGUGCAGUUGCCCGGCGUGGGACUGGCAGGCAGCUCUGCCUGUGGCCCUGGCAUGGGAUCCACUAGGCGAAGCUGGCUGGGCUCCUGAGUCGGGUGGGGACUUGGAGAACUUUUAUGUCUAGCCAGAGGAUUGUAUAUGCACCAAUCAGCACUCUGUGUCUAGCUCUGGGUUCGUGGAUGCACCAAUUAGCACUCUGUAUCUAGCUAAUCUGGUGGGGACUUGGGGAACCUUUAUUUCUAGCUAAAAGAUUGUAAAUACACCAAUCAGCACUCUGUGUCUAGCUUAAGGUUUGUAAAUGCACCAAUCAGUGCUCUCUGUCUACUCUGUCUAGCUAAUCUAGUGAGGACUUGGACAACCUUUAUGUCUAGCUAAGGGAUUGUAAAUACACUAUUCAGCACUCUG